AUGAGUAGCCCUAGAAAUUUAGAAACUUCUGCUCCAGGUUAUAAUCCUUACAAAGGAGACUCUAGUGGUGGUGAUAAUAGAUUUCUUUCUGAUUAUGAUGCGAAUAGAGAAAGUUUUUCAACAGAGAUUACUAGUGCAUCUGAUAAUAUAUUAUAUCCUGAAGAA